AAACUCAUAUACAUUGUUGGAAAAUUCUUUCUUUGCUUGGCAGAAGCUACAGCAAAAAGGUCUCCGAAAAUCGAAGGCAACCAGACUUUCAGUUCCAGAACCAAAAGAAUCCGCGCUUAGCUAGGAACCCCAUCGAAGCAAUCCCGCUGCCACUUCUUCCUCUACCCCACGCAAGGUAUCCAAGUCACCGAGCGCCUCGGCACCUCCCGCUCAAAACCCCCCGCCGCACCGUACUCCCCGCUCGCAUGAGGUGCGCCUCCCCGCGUCCGCAGCCAUGGGAGCUCAGCAGAGCAUCAACGCGGGGAAAGCCAAGGUGGACGUGCACCUCGACCUCACCAACAUGCUGUGCGAGGCGCUGCUGCUGCCGCCCCUCAGGGGCUCUGGCGUCGCGUUCUCGCAAAUCGUUGGAAGGAUCUCUCUCAAACACCCGAGCCUCUUUGGGAGGAGCGAGAAGUUGGAUGUGAUAUUGGACAAGGGAAUCAAUGACUCCAAUGUUGUUGUUGCCUUUAGACGUCCAAGGCCUGAGUGGUUAUCACAGCAAUCAUUCGUAAUUCAGCACUCAAUGACACCGGAGAUUGCUGUGCAUGGAUUUCCGGCUGACAACUUCACACGAUCAGGGAGCAGAGGGAUAAAUCUUAGUAGGCUGUCGUUUGGUUUGGAGCUUAAUGAACCAGCAACAUCAAACUGGACUUCCGGAACCAGUGUUAAGUUUGAGCAUAUCCGGCCUGUUAAUAAUCAGGGUCGCUCCAUAGCCAGAGAUCAUGAUGGCUUUCCUCUAACAUGCAGUGGUAACCUCCAUGACAACAUAAUUAUCUUGAAGCAAGAGUCUGGUUACGCAGAUGUUAAUGAUAAGAGCUUCUUAAGAGUUAACUUCCAAAUGGAACAAGGAUUGCCACUUGUACCCAAAUCACUGAUCUUCAACAGAGUUAAAUGUUCAGUUUCGAAAGGCAUGAAACUGGGGCCAACAUUUUUUGUUACUAGCUUGACAGGUGGUUCCAUUGUGGGGGACAUGGCACCAUAUCAAGCAUUUGCAAUCGGUGGACUUGGUAGUGUCCGAGGCUAUGGUGAGGGCGCAGUUGGUUCAGGAAGACUAUGCCUUGUUGCUAACUGUGAAUAUAAGAUUCCUUUGGCGAAGCAUCUGGAGGGUUCUAUUUUCAUGGACUAUGGCAGUGACUUAGGAUCUGCUCGCCAUGUACCUGGUAAUCCAGCUCUACGGCAGGGGAAACCAGGAUUCGGUGUUGGAUUUGGAUAUGGAAUUCACUUUAACACAAACCUAGGCCAGAUUCACGUCGACUGUGCUAUGAAUGCAUUCAGUCGCAAGACCAUCUACUUUGGGAUCAGCAGUGGUGGUGGCUCAUAGAUUAUGAAAAACAAACUUCUCACUUAACAUAGACUUGCAAUUCAAAUUGAUUCUUUCGAUACACACAGAAUACCCUCCCAGGCUCUUUCUUGACAGGGAGUUCUGGACACGCCAGCAAAAAUCAUCUUGUUUGUAUAUGCUGGCAUUCAAAAGCUGUAUAGUUGAGAUGCAUGCCCUUUAUUAUUUGUUGUUGAACUUUUUUUUUUGGUUAGAUGCUGAACGCCAUUGCCGAUAAGAUGGAGUAGAACUGCUCCAAAGAUGUGAUAAUUUGUAUGGAUGAGUAGAACUGCUCCAAAGAUUCUUCCAAUACAUUAUAACUUUAUUAGGUUUACAAACAUAUUACAAACAGAUAUUUAUGGUCAAAGUCAUAUUGUGGAGUUGUGUCCA